GGCAACGAGGUGGGCCGCUCGUGUCACAUCCUUCAGUACAAAGGCAAAACUAUCAUGGUACGUGACAUAUUUAUAACCGCCCUUCCUCAUACUAACUUUCCAGUUGGACGCAGGAAUUCACCCAGCACACCAGGGGAUUGCGUCUUUGCCGUUCUACGAUGAGUUCGAUCUCUCCACCAUCGACAUUCUCCUCAUUUCGCACUUUCACUUGGACCACGCGGCGUCGCUUCCGUACGUGAUGCAGCACACGAACUUCCGCGGCCGUGUGUUCAUGACGCACCCGACGAAAGCGAUCUACCGGUGGUUGUUGAGUGACUUUGUGCGCGUGACUUCCAUUGGAAACGACAACGCCGAGGGCGGUAACUUGUACACAGACGACGACUUGAUCGAGUCGUUUGACCGGAUUGAAACGGUUGAUUUCCACUCCACGGUCGAAAUCGAGGGUAUACGCUUUACGGCGUACCACGCGGGGCACGUGCUCGGCGCGGCGAUGUUCCUCAUCGAGAUUGGAGGCUUGAAGAUCUUGUUUACGGGCGACUAUUCGAGGGAGGAGGAUCGGCACUUGAACAUCGCAGAGGUGCCGCCGGUCAGACCCGAUGUAUUGAUUACCGAGUCGACGUUUGGGACCGCGACCCACGAGCCACGAGAGGACAAGGAGAGCCGGUUGACGAACCUCAUCCACGACACGGUCUUGAAAGGCGGGCGGUGUUUACUUCCGGUGUUUGCGCUAGGCAGAGCCCAGGAGAUUUUGUUGAUUUUGGACGACUAUUGGAAGCACAACGCGGACUUGCAGUCCAUUCCGGUGUACUAUGCUUCGUCGUUGGCACGCAAGUGCAUGGCCGUAUACCAGACAUACAUCAACAUGAUGAACGACAGCAUCCGACUUAAAUUUAGGGACUCGCAGACCAAUCCGUUUCAAUUCAAGUACAUCAAGUCGAUCAAGAAUCUCGAUAAAUUCGACGACUUUGGCGCAUGCGUGGUGAUUGCGUCACCCGGAAUGCUCCAAAACGGUGUGUCGAGGGAGUUGCUUGAACGGUGGUCGCCCGAUUCCAAGAAUUCGUUGAUUUUAACGGGUUAUUCCGUGGAGGGGACCAUGGCGAAGGACAUCUUGACCGAGCCCACUGUCAUUCCGUCUGUUAACAAUCCCGAGCAGAUGAUUCCCAGACGUAUCCGGAUCGAGGAAAUCUCGUUUGCGGCGCACGUGGACUACGAGCAAAAUGCAAAAUUCAUCGAGUUGUUGAACCCCAGCUCUAUCAUCUUGGUCCACGGCGAGUCCAACCCAAUGGGCCGCUUGAAGUCGGCGUUGUUGUCGAAAUACGCCAAGUUUAAAAGCACCGCCCAGGAGGUUAAAGUGUACAAUCCCCGCAACUGUGACGUGGUACGGCUACCGUUUAAGGGUGUGAAGGUGGCCAAGGCAACCGGAAUCGUUGCCAGUGUACAUCCACAGCCAGGUUCCGUCCUUAGUGGUGUUUUGGUCAACAAGGACUUUGAUUUGCAGUUGUUGAAGCCCGCGGAUUUGCGCGAGUACUCCAAUUUGACGUCCACGAUUGUGCGCGAGCGCAACACCGUUGCGAUCAAUGCAACAAAAGAAUUGUUGGCGUGGCACUUGGUCCAGAUGUUUGGCCACGUCGAUGUUCUCAUCGAUGAGGACGACGAGUAUGAAAUUACAAUCAUGGAUGCAGUCACAAUCAACUACGAUUUGCCCCAGAAACUCGUCGUGGUUGAGUGGGAAAGUGGGGUAGUUAAUGACACGAUUGCCGAUUCGGUGAUUGCCAUUGUCUUGGCUGUGGACUCGUCUCCCGCCAGUGUUAAGUUGUCCUCAAAGCUGUGCACUCAUGACCACGCAAAGAUCGAGGAGACGGACGAUGUUCUGGAAAAGAUACACACCUGCAAGAUUUCGCCGCCGCCGUUCAGUUCCUCACCGGCCGAGGACCGUCUUGCGCGUAUCCUCACGCUCUUGAAGGUGCAGUUCGGCAAAACCCUUGCGGUGGAUGACAUGGGAGACUCCGCUACGAUCAAGAUCGGGAAGACAGAGGCCACUAUCGACUUACACGCGUUGAAAGUAACAUGUGCGUCAGCCGUCAUCAGAGGGAGAAUCGAGGGGGUCUUGAAACGCGGUGCCUCCCUCGCCGCCCCGUUGGCCCAGAAAAGGAAAUAAAAAAAGAAAAUUAUUUACUAUAAUCGACUAUUUGUA